UAGACUCAAGCUCUGAAAUGUGACCACUACUUGCGGGUAGUUAAAAGAGACCAAUUUCACCAUAAUACGAUUUGGGACGAACUAGCCAUAAUUUAAAAUACUGUCAGAUCGAAUGCGAAUUGGGCUUGUGUUUAAAUCUCCGUUAUGAACUCAAAUUCGAAUUAUGAAAAGGUAAACACACCUUAAACUGUAGGUAAGUUAGCCUUUAGUCAGGUUCAUUACAGGUGACGAUGAAAACAAGCGAAAACCUUCACCAAAUUUGACAGAAUCAUUUCGGAAGAAUAUCGUGUGAAGGAAACAAGCUAUUCGUGCUGCUUCUGUGUAUUCUCGCCUUUGCUGGAAUGCACUUUUUCAAUAUUUCUAUACUGUUUUAUGUUCUCCAACAUAAAGAACAAAAUAGAAUAAAAUGCGUUCUGCAGGACUUCUGCUGUUUGGGAUUCAUCUCGCCUUUGCUGGAACACGCUCUCUGCAAUACUUCUGCACUGUGGUAUACGGAGACAUUAACCUCCCAGCGCUAACAGUUGUUGGGAUGGUCGAUGGUCAGCAGUUCAUGUACUUUGACAGCAACACAAAUAAAGCUGUGCCAAAGACAGAGUGGAUGACACACUUUGAAGGACCAGAUUACUGGGACAGAGAUACUCAGGUUGUCAUUGAUCGCUAUAAUGAACACAAAACCAUCAUGGAAACUAUAAUGAAACAUUACAACCAGUCGAUGUCAAAAGGCGUUAACACCUUUCAGAUGAUGUACGGCUGUGAGCUGGAUGAUGAUGGGACCACUCAAGGAGACUUGCAGUAUGGUUAUAAUGGAGAUGAUUUAAUCAGUUUUGAUAGAAAGACACACAAGUGGACUGCUGGAGAAAUUUAUCCUGAAGCUGUCAAUAUCAUGAAACAAUGGGAUACGGGUGAGGCUAAAACAACAUACUGGAAAGCAUACCUGGAGAGCAUGUGCUUUGAGCGAAUAAACAAGUUUGUGAGCCACGGCAAAGACACUCUAGAGAGAAAAGUUGCGCCUGAGGUGUCUCUACUGCAGAAGAACUCCUCGUCUCCAGUUAUCUGUCACGCUACAGGUUUCUACCCCAAAAACAUCACAAUGACCUGGAAGAAAAACAGUGAGGAUCUUAAUGAAGAUGUGGUUAGUAAAACUUUACCAAACGAAGAUGGAACGUUCCAGAAGAGCAUCAGUCUCUCAGUGAAGUCUGAGGAGUGGAAGAAGAAUCCAGAUGUCUACAGAUGUGUGAUUCAACAUGUGGGAGCAGAGAAACAGAUUGUUGUCACUCUCAAUGAAAACAAUACCAAGUACAACUCAGCUUCUGACAACAUCAUUGUGAAAUGUUUGGCGUCCAUCACCGUUGUAGCCGUUGUUGGAUGUGUGUUGGCUCUCACUGUCUUGGCUGUUACAAAGAGGCACAUUGUGUGCAGAAAGUUCAGAGAUCUUCAGAGCACAAAUGGCUAUGGGAGGGACAAUAAAGCUGCAUUAGAAAUGAAUAAAUAAACCACAGCUUUACAGUGAACUUAGAUCUGAUCCUAGUUCUGAGAGGACCAGUCAGUGAAAUCUAGUGGCGAUGUUUGUGAACUGCAACCAACGGCUCACUCCACUCCUCCCUUUCAAAGAGGAACAAGGGCUGACACAACGUGACGAAUUACAGGCAAGGAAAAAAUAGCUCAUUCUAAACAUAAGGCUCAAUAUGUAAGGUCUUUAUACACCUCUGAAAGCACAGUUAUAAUUAUAUUGAAUUUCUUUCAACGGAUAAAAAAAUGAAACCCUGGUCCUUAAAAGCAAACUGUGUGUGUUUUUGCAAUAAAAGUCUUAAAAUGAUAAUUGUGAACACUACAGGGAUUAUUUAGUAUGCUCGGCACAUUUUAUUCUAUAAUCACUACAUCUCCUGCCUCCUCUUCAUCUCUGUAUCUGCCUCGUGUCUGAGAAAAAAUAUCUUUAUGUGCUCAAAGCAUGUUUAAAAAUAUUAAUAAUUCUUUAUAGCACUAAAGCCGAACAUACAAAGAGCUUAAAGAAAAAUGAAAACUAGCCCAUAAUUUCUCAAUAAAUUGAAUCCAAAUUUCCUUACCGUCAUGACAUCCUGAGUAUAUGACUGACUUGCUUUUGCAGAAUACACUCUUGAGUUAUGAUGAAAUGCUGGCUGUCUUUGUAAUGCAAUAAUAUGUAAAAUCUCAACGUUGAAUCUCUUACAUGUCUCAGAACCAAAAGGGUGGUAUUAUACUCGUGUUUCGGAGUUUCAAAAAUGCAUCACAAACCUUGGAAAAGUGAUGAUUUUAUUUGACAGAAAAAAGGAAGUGAUACAGAUAAGAUGGCAUGAUAGUGAGUAAAUUCUGGGAUACAUUUAAUUUUUGGAUUAAAUAUUUAUUUAAAAGUAUGUUGAUGUAGUACUUGAUGUUUCUGAGACAAUCAAGUGCCAAAAAAAGGGGAAACCAUUUCAGUUGGAUCUCAUCUUUAGCGCUAAAGUUUACUGUGUAAAUGUAAAUAUUCAAUGCUAUUUUUUUACUUGUAUUACUUACUUUUCUUAUUAUUAAGAAGGUCUGUCUUCAGUGUGUCUACCAUUAGGGGUUUUAGUAUGAUAAAAAUGUCAGAAUACGAUAUGUAAAAUGAAUGCAUCAAAAAGUAAUAAUGUCAAAGUAAUGUGAUCAGAUUCUCUGUUGAUGGUUUAUUUACAUUUAUUUAUUUAUAGUAAAAAACUGUGUAAAACCUGUCCGAAAACAUGUAGUUGCAAAUUAGAGCGUCUCCCUCACCUGACAUAAGUGUUUUGUUUUCUGUUUAGUAAAAUAAUAAAUGGAUACAUUCUAUGAAAGUAUGUCUCAAAUGUAUACAAACAUUUAUUGUUAAAAGUAAGCUCACUUUUACUACAAAGCCUGAUGACUUAAUUGUAUUUUAAACUGCACUGAUAACCAACAUGAUAACAUCUAACAACUCUGAAGAACUUUUCAUUUUUUAG